UUUUUUUUCUUUUCUUUUUUUUUUUUCCGCCGAAGCUGAGCGGGUGCUGCUAGCGGAGGCGCCAUAUUGGAAGGGACAAAACUCCGGCGACAGCGAGUGACACAAAUAAACCCCUGGACCCCCUCGUCCCCCCAGCUCUAAGGGCCGCGAUGUUGUACCUAGAGGACUAUCUGGAAAUGAUUGAGCAGCUUCCUAUGGAUCUGCGGGACCGCUUCACGGAGAUGCGCGAGAUGGACCUGCAGGUGCAGAAUGCAAUGGAUCAAUUAGAACAAAGAGUCAGUGAAUUCUUUUUGAAUGCAAAGAAAAAUAAACCGGAGUGGAGAGAAGAACAAAUGGCAUCCAUCAAAAAAGACUACUAUAAAGCUUUGGAAGAUGCAGAUGAGAAGGUACAGUUGGCAAACCAGAUAUAUGACUUGGUAGAUCGACACUUGAGAAAGCUGGAUCAGGAACUGGCUAAGUUUAAAAUGGAGCUGGAAGCUGAUAAUGCUGGAAUUACAGAAAUAUUAGAGAGGCGAUCUUUGGAAUUAGAUACUCCUUCACAGCCAGUGAACAAUCAUCAUGCUCAUUCACAUACUCCAGUGGAAAAAAGGAAAUAUAAUCCAACUUCUCACCACACGACAACAGAUCAUAUUCCUGAAAAGAAGUUUAAAUCUGAAGCUCUUCUGUCUACCCUUACAUCAGAUGCCUCUAAGGAAAAUACACUAGGUUGUCGAAAUAAUAAUUCUACAGCCUCUUCCAACAGCGCUUACAAUGUGAACUCCUCUCAGCCUCUGGCAUCCUAUAAUAUUGGCUCGUUAUCUUCAGGCACCGGUGCAGGGGCAAUUACCAUGGCAGCCGCUCAAGCAGUGCAGGCUACAGCGCAGAUGAAAGAAGGACGAAGAACAUCAAGUUUAAAAGCCAGUUAUGAAGCGUUUAAAAAUAAUGACUUUCAGUUGGGAAAAGAAUUUUCAAUGCCCAGGGAAACAGCUGGCUAUUCAUCAUCUUCGGCACUCAUGACGACGUUGACACAGAAUGCCAGCUCCUCAGCGGCCGACUCUCGAAGUGGGAGAAAGAGCAAAAACAACAACAAAUCUUCAAGCCAGCAGUCAUCUUCUUCCUCCUCUUCCUCCUCGUUAUCAUCGUGUUCUUCAUCAUCAACUGUUGUACAAGAAAUCUCUCAGCAAGCUACAGUAGUACCAGAAUCUGACUCAAACAGCCAGGUUGACUGGACUUACGAUCCAAAUGAACCACGAUACUGUAUUUGUAAUCAGGUAUCCUAUGGUGAGAUGGUGGGCUGUGAUAACCAAGAUUGCCCCAUAGAAUGGUUCCACUAUGGCUGCGUUGGAUUGACAGAAGCACCAAAAGGAAAGUGGUACUGUCCGCAGUGCACUGCUGCCAUGAAGAGAAGAGGCAGUCGGCACAAAUGAAGACGGUCGCUUGAGGGAGAGAGAAGGCUCAGCAAACAUUUUAUGUAAGACUUUAAAAAAGAAAAAAAGAGAAAGAAGAAACAGUGCAUUUCCAGACAACCACUUAAAGGAUUUACAGACAAUCCUGUAAGAUCUUGAACUUGAAUUUUAUGGGUUGUGUUUUAAUAAUGUAAGUAAAUUAUUUAUGCACUCCUGGUGUGCUAUGAAUAUUAUUCCAGUUAGCCUUGGAUUAUUUCAGUGUCCCGACAUAUGCAGACAUUUAUACUCCUCAACCAUUUUCUCAAAGUUAUGGGCAUUCUAUAAUUUAGAUUUCAAAGAAUUCCAACGAUGAAGAUUUUAAGAAAAGUAUUUUAUAUUCAACAGGUAUGUUCUGCUGCAUGUACUGUACUCCAGAGCUGUUAUGUAACACUGUAUAUAAAUGAUCUCAAAAAAAAAAAAAGUCAGUGCUUCUAAAGAGAAUUUAAGAUAAUGGUUUUUAAAAUGCCUUUAUAAUAAGCUUUGUUUCUUUGUGAAACUAAAUUCAGCAGGCUGAAGGAAAUGGUUUAUGUGAUAAAGUGGGCUGGUGUCCUCUAGAGUACUUGGGUACAUAAACAGAAACUCCUGUAGGUAAAAACUAAUUUGUGCCAUUAGUCUUUAUAUGUUUCUGCAUCCAGAUAGAGUGCAGUUCAUGGGGGGGUGGGGGAUUGAAGGGGAAAGGGUGUUAAAGUGAUACAUUUUUAUACCAAAUGUGUUUAUUUUUUUGUGCAAGUAAUCCUUAAAAUUGGAAUUGUAUUAGGUGUUAAAAUAAAGUUUUUAAAAAAUUACUUGUAUUUAUACUUUACACUUAAUAAUGGAUAUUUCUUAAUUCCAAUGAAAUCCCAGUUUUCAUGAUUUAGAAAGGACAGAGGCCCCAGGACACAGCCUGCUAUGGAAUCUGUGAUUUCUUUAAUCGUGUUGGAAUUUGUGAUGUGAAAAUAAGGGAAAGAUUUUUAAUGUACUAUGAGAUGAGAAUGUAUUUUUCUAGAACCUCUCUGGCUUUCCUCAUAGUCUUAGUGACAUGAGAAAAGUCCAGUCACAGCAGGUAAAACGAAAAUAAUGGCUAUCAAUGUUGUGACUUAAACAAGCAACUUAAGUAGAGACCCUCUAGUUGGGAACUUAAUCUUCAACUUUAUUUUUAAUUCUUUCACAUACUAGUUUGGCGGCUAAUUUAAAUUUUGAAUCACCUCAGGCCUUAUUCCACUUUCUGAGGAAACCACUUUAAAAGGCUGAAUAUUGAAUAAAAUCAUAAAAUACUUUCUAUCUAUGAGACCUGUGGGUGAUGCUGGCUGUAGGAUGUCUAUAAAGCACUCUUAAGGUUUUAUUCUAUAGGUGCUGUUUAAAUGAUCAAUUUCACACAGUGGAGGUAUGCUUUAAGGUGUAUCGAUUUGGGUUGGUAAAAACCCCUUAAAACUUAAAAUACUUUGUUUCUUUUAUAUAUGAAACCAGUUCAUUAGAUUUCUUCUUUAAUCAAAACCACUUAUUUAAUCAAAACCACUCUUAGAACUUACUCAGAAAAAUGUAAAAUCUAUGCAAUGCUACCCAGUGGAUAUGGACUAGAGAGGAGAUUUCAAAGGUCUCUUUCAGCGUUAAGGUUCUAUAAUCUUGAGCUUCUAUAGCCAGAUUUUAGAACUAGACAGCCCGUAAAACUAAGUAGGCUCAUUUGUGAGUACUCACGAUUUCAUGAUAUGCGUAUCAUGACUUUAUGAGUGAUACUCAGUUAUUUUCAUGGAGAUUUUGUAGGCCUUUAUGAGAUAUUAUGUAUAAGGUAAUAUUCAAUUAACUUAUUAGCAUGUUGCCUGGAGAUGCUCAAUGGUAUUGUUUAAUCUAAUUAUGUAGAAUGACUAUUCUACAUUCAUUUAUUUUAUAGUAAUUGGUCAAAGGAAAAAGCCUUAUGUGCAGCCUUAUUUUAAGAGAAAGUUCCUUGUUAGAGUCAGGAGCGUCCCUAUUUCCAGCUGCUACAGCCCCUUUCAAUGUGUGAGUCCCACUGGUUACCAAAUCACUCAGAAAACAUUUUGACAAAUUUUAAACUCAAGCAUUGAAUAUUUUAU